CGCUUCGUCUACAACGCAUGCGCAGGGGGCGGCGAUGCCGCGAGUCGGCUGGGCGCAUGCGCGAUGAGGCUCCAACCGCUGGUGGUCCAGGCUCCGGGACGAGGCCUUAAGUAACGUCCGAGGAGCCUGGAGGGAAGAGAAGAGGAGCCGGGCAAUGGAGCCGGCUUGGCGGCAGGGUGGACGGGGCAGGGGCCGCGGGAGGGGUAAAGGCGGAGGCGGCCCCCCUCAAGCGGUUGGAAUCGUUCGAGAGCCUGAGGCUGGUGCAGCAGGAGAUAAUAGACAUGGAAGAGGCUCCGGCUCCGGCUCCGGCUCCGGCUCCGGCUGGAGGAGCAGCAGCAGCGGCGACUGGUCGAGGAGUCAGUCCGAACCUAGCAAUGAGCUGUCAUCAUUGAAAAAAUUUGAAGAAAUUCGUAAGGCCAAUCAGGCUGCAGCCCAAAGGUUUGCAAAUGAGGACACUUCUUCUUCUGAAGAAGGAGAAGAGGAUUUUGAGGGUCAGCAAGGGAAAAUUGUUGCAACAACAUUUACAGCAUAUUCUAGUCAUAUAGGUGAAGAUUCUUCUAGAGAAUUGGAACGUACAAAACAAUAUCUGAAUGAUGCAUUUCAGUCAGGAGCUCAAACAUGUCUCAUCUGCAUAGCCUCAGUGAAGAGGAAUCAGGCUAUCUGGAGUUGUUUCCGUUGUUACUGUAUCUUUCACAUCUCAUGUAUCCAAAAAUGGGCAAAAGACAGCAUUUUUCUUGUAUCUUCUUUGUUGGAUGAUGACUUUGGAAGAAAAGAUCAUCCCUGGCCAUGUCCUAAAUGCAGGCACCCUUAUGAACAGUCUCAAACUCCAACAAGAUACUACUGUUACUGUGGAAAGGUUGAAGAUCCCCCACCAGACCCUUGGUUGGUACCUCAUUCCUGUGGCCAAGUCUGUGACAAAGGAUUCAAGCCUUUAUGUGGACAUAAGUGUCUUCUUUUAUGCCAUCCUGGUCCUUGCCCACCUUGUCCAAAGAUGGUCGCUAUAACCUGUUACUGUAAAAAAGCUAAACCAGUCUCCCGACGCUGCAGUGCUAAGGGGUGGUCCUGUCAACAGCCAUGCAACCAGCUCUUAACUUGUGGGCAGCAUAAAUGUGAAAAUCCAUGUCAUACAGGUACUUGCCCGGAAUGUCCUCGUGUUAGCAGACAACAGUGUUUGUGUGGGAAGGAAACAGCUGAGCGGCUAUGUGCUAGACCACAAUGGCAGUGUGAAAAGGUGUGUGGAAGAACUCUAUCUUGUGGCAAUCAUACAUGUGAGCAGGUCUGCCACCAUGGGACUUGUGGAAAUUGUCCUCGAUCAGGUUACAGGGCUUGUCCCUGCGGGAAAUCAAAGUCUGCACUGCCCUGCACAGAGGAUAUACCAACUUGUGGUGAUACCUGUGACAAACCAUUGGCAUGUGGUCUUCAUAGAUGUUCAAUGCGUUGCCAUCGAGGGCCUUGUGAAACUUGUAGACAGGAAGUGGAGAAACAAUGUCGCUGUGGGAAACAUUCAAAGGUUUUGCCAUGUCAUAAGGAGUACUUGUGCGAAACAAAAUGCAUCAAAUUGCGUGAUUGCCAAAGGCAUCAGUGCAAGAGGAAGUGCUGUUCUGGGAAUUGUCCUCCAUGUGAUCAAAAUUGUUGUCGAACUCUUGGUUGUAGAAACCACAAAUGCCCAUCAGCAUGUCAUAGAGGUGCGUGCUACCCAUGUCCAGAGACAAUAGAAAUGAAAUGUAAUUGUGGUGCAACUGUUCUAGUUGUACCUUGCGGCAGAGAACGUACUACCAAACCUCCAAGAUGCAAAGAGCUCUGCAGGCAACCACCGACAUGUCAUCAUGUGAACAGAGAAAAACACAAAUGUCACUUUGGUUCUUGCCCUCCAUGCAAGCAGCCUUGUCAGAAAAAGCUAGCUAAGUGCGCACAUCUUUGUCCUGCAACAUGUCAUGAUGAAGUACUUGUCAAGCAAGCAAAUUCACGCCAACCUGCAGGACCCUGGGAGAAACGUUCUGAACCAACUUUUAUUCGAACUGCAGUACCCUGUCCACCUUGUCUGACUCCUAUUCCAAUGGCUUGUCUAGGAAAACAUGAGGUUAGUCUUUUGCCUUGUCAUGCAAUUGGACCCUACUCUUGUAGCAGACCUUGUGGACGACUCUUGGCCUGCCUGAAUCAUAAAUGUGCAAAAGAAUGCCAUGUAGUCGCUGUAAUCGAUGAAGAUGAUAAAGAAAAGGCUGGUAAAGAAUGUCAGAUAUGUGAAGAAGGAUGUAGCAAACCCCGUCCAUCUGGUUGCAUUCACCCAUGUACUCUGCCGUGCCAUGAUGGUGCAUGUCCUCCCUGUUCACAGAUGAUCCGAAUGAAAUGCCAUUGCAAAAUCACAAACCUCUAUGUAGAGUGCACGAAAAUGACUACAGCUGAUGCAGAAACAAAAAUUGUUCUUAAUUCCUGCAAAGAUCAGUGUCCUAAGCAGUUGUCAUGUGGGCAUCGAUGCAAAGCAAUUUGCCAUCCUGGUGACUGUCCACAAAGCUGCAACCAGAAAGUGAAGAUGAAGUGUCCCUGUAAGCGGAUUAAAAAGGAAAUACUGUGUUCAGUGGUGACGGAGGAGAAAGUCUUGGUGGAAUGUGAUGAAGUAUGUCAGGAAAUGAAACAAAAAGCAUCUGAGAUGAAAGAAGCUGAAGAGAAAGCAGCACUUGAAAAAGAAAGACUAAAACAACAGGUGGAGUUAGAAGCAUUUGAAAAAAGACUAAAGGGUCGCCGUAAGAAAAACAAGAGACGGGACACUACAGAGACUAAAGAAACAGCUUGGCAGAAAUACAGGAAGUACCUAAUGAUCCCUGGUUGUGGAAUUGUUUUGGCAAUGAUUGCUUUUUAUCUACUACAGCUAAAUUGAAGAAAUUGAAAGCCGUGGUAAGAUUUAGAAAAAAUAUACAUAAUAUAACAGAGUACUUCUAAAAAUUAAAAUGAUUAUAUUAGAAUGGAUCCCACAAUUGAAGAACUUUUUGUGCUGAGCUUACUGCCAACAUACAACGGUUUACAAAUGUAGUUGAUCAAAAUGCUUUUUGAUUUAUGCACAUGACCAACCACAAUUAACUUUCAUGUAUAUAUGUUGUAUGAAAACUCAGCAAUACUUUGUGUGUAUGUAGACACGUGAACUAACUUAGAUGUUUAACAAAAACAAAAUCACUAUAGAGUGUUCUACUUGCAUAUAAAUAUGAAUUUUACCUUGCAACUGACAGUAUAUGUAGCUUGCAUUACCAUGGUUAAGAUUGUUUUAUUUGCUUCUGUGAUAAUUUGGGUUAAGUAGGAGCAGUUAAUGUGUGAAUUUCUUUGGUUUUUAGCUUACAUGAAGCUUUUACUUUUUUACUGUCAGUCCAUUAAUUGAAUAUUCAAUGAAAGUUGCAAGCCAACAAGCAGAGUUAUGUCUAGUUUGUGAAUCAAUAGAGGUAGUAUAGUUGACCCCAGUUAACUGGAAUGUUGUAAAUUGCUGAUUGCCUUGCCAUUUAAACAAAACUCUGUACUGUUUCAGAUCAAAUAAAUAAUUCUUGUCA